UGGGGAAGGUUAACGUCUUUCUCGUGAGUAAUUCCGGAGCACAAAGGUAGGUAAUUGUUUUGAGCAAUGAUAACAAUCACGUACGAAACAAACCGUUUAAUUAGGAAAAAUGAAGAGGUCUUCCACUUUCACGUGUGACGACGCGGGAAACGAGUAGAACUUGUGACAUCGUGCCAAAGGUCCUGGUCGUCGAACGUGUUGCUUGCUUACUUUCUUUUGUUUACAUUCUUGUAAACAGGGAAGGGGGAUUUCCUGGGCAUGCGCUUUACGAAAGGAUUCCUAGAGCGUAAAUUACGUAGCAUUUUGAAAUGGAGCGUCAUUGAUUUUUAAAAUUGAAUAAGGCUUUCUAGGCCCAGUGAAAAAAAAAUAUAAUUUAUCUCAAAAAUGACGAAUUCCUCGUCACAUUGUCCUGAUGCAAACAAAGAUCGAGCUCGAGCUGUCACGGUCCCUGCGAAAUAUGUUAGCUGCCGUCGGGCGGUAGGCCUUAGAACACCAGCUAUAAGUCGCACGACAAAAAAAAAAACUUGCUAGAAAGAGAAAGCAGAUCUGAUGCAAACACACCAACUUCUGUGGCACCAGGACAUUUUUUUUUUCGGCCAAAUCAAAAAGUGCCCAUGAAUUUACAGCAUCAGCUGGCUUUGUUUUGGUUUUAAACCACGUGACGCGAUGAUUUUGACACAAGCGAUCGCGUUUGGGUAGGUUUACAACAAGAAGAAGUCAAAGAAAGCCAGCUUCACUGUUUGAAUUCCGAUGCCACGUCCGUUCGUCCGUGAUUGAUAGUUGGACAAAGCAAAACAAGCAAACAAACACUUGAAUGGAAAGUUGACAUGCCAACCGAGCUGAGAUGUCAUGAUGCGGGCUAAACUAGAACAAAUUGACGUUUAUUAAAUUGUUUUAAUUUGUGUGUUUAAAUAUCUUACACAUUUUCAAAAAAUACCAAACGUAAUUCAUGAACACACCCCAGCACGACGACGGAGCGAGUGAGCUUUUAUGUUCAAUGUUCAAUAAUGUGGCACUUCAUUCACUUGCUCCGCGCCUAACACGAGAGACACGCGGUCCCGUAUGGACGUUUCGAACGGAUGGUGAAAGUGCAAUCGCAGGUUGCAUAUCUUCGGGCGAACCGCUCGUGUUAAAAGUGAAAUCAGCGUCGCAGCGUGGCGAUUUUCAACUGUGGUUUCGAACUUUUUAGUUUUAUUUCGUGUGAUUGAGAAUAUUUUAACGGUUAUUAACUAGGAGUCAUUGCUCUCUGUGGGGAAAAAAACUCACCAAAAAGGAAGAAACGCGAAAGAUUUCCGUGUCCGAUUGUUGACACUAUCAUAUAAAAUGGAGCUUGCGUGCCGGACGGUACGAGAACACCCAAAGUAAAUACACCAAGUGCGGAAGGAAGGAUGGCACCAUCGUUGGCGAGGACGAGGUUGGACGAGUGGCGUUGGUUCCAGCGACAAACUCUGGAAACUACUAAAACAGUAGUGAAAGUGCCUUGACGAUGUUAAAUCGGUCAGUUGGAAUACUAAAAAGACUCUACAAUAGUAUUUUUUAAGAAAGACUGUGAUUCGCGCAAAAGUUAAAAAGUGAAAACAGUCAAAAUGGCGGAAAACGUCAAAGUUGUGGUCCGUUGCAGACCGAUGAACAAACGGGAGCAACAAGCUGGAAAUAAGAACAUAACCCAAAUCGACAAUUCAACGGUGAAUCUGGACAAUCCGAACGACCUGAGCGCACCGCAAAAGUCGUUCAAAUUUGACGGCGCCUACGGUUAUGCGGCGACCACCGAAAACAUUUACAGCGACAUCUGUUAUUCCCUGGUGGAGAGCGUUCUCGAGGGUUACAAUGCGACCAUCUUUGCGUACGGUCAAACCGGAUGUGGCAAAUCGCACACGAUGCAGGGCACUACGUACAACCUGUCGGCAGCGGAUCCGAACAAUGCAAACAACAUUGGAAUAAUUCCGCGAAGUUUCGAGCACGUGUUUGAAGCGAUAGCGGUCGCUAGUGAUGUUCGGUAUUUGGUGCUGGUGAGUUAUCUGGAGAUUUACAAUGAAACGAUCCGGGAUUUGCUGGCCACUGCGGGUGGGAAUACAAAUAACCUGGCCGUCAAGGAGGUUCCUGGUGAGGGAGUUACGGUGCAGGGACUGUCGAUGCAUACGGUUCACGGGAUGAAGGAGUGCGUUGAGUUGUUGGAGAUGGGAGCGAAGAACCGGAUGGUGGGGGCCACGUUGAUGAACAUCGAGAGCUCGCGAUCGCACUCGAUCUUCACGAUCAGUUUGGAGCAGAUGUCCAGUGAUGUGGGGCAGAGUCGAGGGGUCAUCAAGCGUGGCAAGCUGAACCUGGUGGAUUUGGCCGGGUCGGAGCGGCAGAGUAAAACUGGUGCUACGGGAGAUCGGCUUAAGGAAGCUACCAAGAUCAACCUGUCGCUGUCGGCUUUGGGAAACGUGAUUUCGGCUCUGGUGGACGGCAAAACGAAACACGUUCCGUACAGGGAUUCCAAGCUGACGAGGUUGCUGCAGGAUUCGCUUGGAGGCAACACGAAAACGUUGAUGGUCGCGUGUAUUUCGCCAGCGGACUCCAACUAUGACGAAACGUUGUCAACGCUGCGGUACGCGAGUCGAGCGAAGAACAUAGCCAACAAACCGAAGGUCAACGAAGAUCCCAAAGAUACGAUGUUGCGCGAGUACCAGCAGGAAAUCCUGCGGUUGAAGCAACUGUUGACGAGCGACGGAGGUAAGCUGACGGCGGUGGUUGAUGCAGCUGAUCCUCUGGACUUGACCGCGAUCGUGCGGGAUUCUACAGUUUCAUUUGAAGCGGAGAAGCAAGUUCUCAAGGGUCAGUACGAGUCGGAGGUGUUGAACUUGAGGAAGGAAUACGAACAGCAGAAAAUAGCUAAGCAAGAGCUGGUGAAGGAUAUCGAGAAGAUCAAAUCUUACUACGAGGGACAAAUGCAGCAGUUGAUAGCGAAGAAGAGUGCGGAUAAGCCUGUGGAACGGGUUGCACCAACUGUGAUGGACAAGCAGGAGAUAUACGAACGGAUUAAGGAGAUUAAAAACGGUCUGAUUGGUGGUGAACGAGCAAACGAUAUUCAGCUGAAGGAAAAGCGAUACCGGAACAAGCUGGCUUCGGAGAAGCGAUUGAACGCUCUCGCAACGGCAAUUAGUAGGGUAGAGCAGAGCGAGGAUCGUGACCUGUUACAGGGCCACUACACGGACAUUCAACAGGAGUUGAAGGCGAGGUACGAGCAGAUCCGGCAGCAGAGAAAGCGGAUCAAAUCGUUGGAGCGAGAGAUUUCCGACAUCCAGGGAGAGUUCCAGACGGAUCGAGCCGACUACCUGGCCACGAUACGGCAACUGGAGAAAAAGGUUCUGUUUUUCGAGGCUAUCUACCAGAAAGCGAUGCCGGUGCUGCGGAAGGACGGUCGCUACUGGAACCUGGAAGUGCUGGAGAUGGAUUCGGAGUGGAACGAUGAUCUGAAAAAGUGGAAACUGCCUAACGAUUCUGUGCUGCGGGUUCGGCUUCCUCCAGCGGACUGCCAACCAGUACCGCCGUCACCUUCAUCCCCACCCAAAACCGGUCGCGACAGCCAGACUUCGGUAACGGCACCGGGUCGGCUGGAGCGUAGCUCCACCAUGAUUCUGACCAAGUUGCCCGACUUUGGCAGCACGGGGAAUCACCACCGGAAGGAGUUUCUGAGCAAAAGUACCAACUGCAACCCGUUUCCGAAGAUCGAGGACGUCGCGAUGGCGUACUUUCGGCCACGGCGCGCCGCCGAGCUGGUCUACAAGAACGGGUGGGGGAGCGUGCAGCAGCAGAAAUGAGGUUUGUAUACAAUCUUUGUUAGACAAAGCGACUUAGUGAAAUUUGAUAUUUUGGACGUUUGGAACAGAGUUUAUUUUUUGGCAAAACAAUAUAUUUUUAUUACUAUA